CUGCAGAAUCAACAUUAUGGAAGUUGCCUGCCAACAGCAAGAGUCUCUGUCUCCUCCCCUAGCCAGACUUCCUCUUUCCCUUUAAGGCCCCCUCAGGACCAGAGGGGACUGGAGUUGUUUGCUGUGCUUUGGAGGGCAGUACAGCAGCCCCUGCUUUGCAGAAAGCUGCUGGUGGGCAGGUACUCACCCCGUCCCCUGCUGUGCCCUCUGUUUGGCCUGCAGGCUAGAGGCUGGCUCUUUCCCAAACACCAAGCUCCGUCCCCAGGGAGUCAUGGCUACGUCCAGGGGCCGUCUCUAUCUUUGGAUGUACUUGGCUGCAGCGCUGGCAUCUUUCCUGGCAGGAUUUAUGGUCGGCUGGUUUAUUAAGCCUUUGAAAGAAACUACAACUUCACCGCCCUAUCAUCAAAGUACACGGUGGAAACUCGUAUCUGAGAUGAAAGCUGAAAAUAUCAAAUCAUUUCUUCGUUCUUUUACAAAGCUCCCUCAUCUGGCAGGAACAGAACAAAAUUUACUUCUUGCCAAGAAAAUCCAAACCCAGUGGAAGAAAUUUGGACUGGAUUCAGCCAAGUUGGUUCAUUAUGAUGUUCUCCUAUCCUACCCUAAUGAGACAAAUGCCAACUAUAUAUCAAUCAUGGAUGAACAUGGAAUUGAGGUUUUCAAUACCUCCUACCUUGAGCCGCCACCUGAUGGAUAUGAGAAUGUUACAAAUAUUGUUCCACCAUAUAACGCUUUCUCAGCCCAAGGCAUGCCAGAGGGAGAUCUUAUAUAUGUGAACUAUGCUCGUACUGAAGAUUUUUUCAAACUGGAGAGAGAGAUGAACAUCAAUUGCAGUGGAAAGAUUGUUAUUGCAAGAUAUGGAAAAAUCUUCAGAGGAAAUAAAGUUAAAAAUGCCAUGUUAGCAGGAGCCAUAGGAAUCAUCUUGUACUCAGAUCCAGCGGACUACUUUGCCCCUGCAGUACAGCCUUAUCCUAAAGGAUGGAACCUUCCUGGAACUGCAGUGCAGAGAGGGAAUGUGUUAAAUUUGAAUGGUGCUGGUGACCCACUCACUCCAGGCUAUCCGGCUAAAGAGUACACCUUUAGACUUGAUGUCAAAGAAGGAGUGGGAAUUCCCAAGAUCCCUGUGCAUCCUAUUGGGUAUAAUGAUGCAGAAAUAUUACUACGCCACAUGGGAGGAAUUGCUGUACCCGAUGACAGCUGGAAGGGAAGUCUUAAUGUGGAUUAUAACAUUGGGCCUGGCUUUGCAGGGCAUGAUUCCUUCAGGAAGGUUAGAAUGCAUGUUCAUAACACCAAUAAAAUUACAAGGAUUUACAAUGUAAUUGGAACGAUCAGAGGAUCUGUGGAACCUGACAGGUAUGUUAUUCUAGGAGGUCAUCGGGACUCCUGGGUGUUUGGAGCUAUUGACCCAACCAGUGGAGCUGCUGUUUUGCAAGAAAUUGUCCAGAGUUUCGGAAAACUCAUGAGCGGAGGCUGGAGACCGAGAAGAACUAUCAUUUUUGCCAGCUGGGAUGCAGAAGAGUUUGGGCUGCUGGGGUCCACAGAAUGGGCUGAGGAGAAUGCAAAAACACUCCAGGAAAGAAGUGUUGCUUAUAUCAACUCAGAUUCAUCUAUAGAAGGCAAUUAUACUCUCAGAGUUGACUGUACACCCCUUCUUCACCAGUUGGUGUAUAAACUGACAAAAGAGAUCUCUAGCCCAGAUGAUGGUUUUGAGAGUAAAUCUCUUUAUGAAAGCUGGUUAGAAAAGGACCCUUCAUCUGAAAAUAUAAACUUUCCUAGGAUCAACAAACUGGGAUCUGGAAGUGAUUUUGAAGCUUAUUUCCAGAGACUUGGAAUUGCUUCAGGCAGAGCCCGUUACACUAAGAAUAGGAAAACAGAUAAAUACAGCAGCUACCCGGUAUACCACACGAUUUAUGAGACGUUUGAAUUAGUAGAGAAUUUUUAUGAUCCCACAUUUAAAAAACAGCUUUCUGUGGCUCAGUUACGAGGAGCACUGGUUUAUGAGCUUGCAGACUCUGAAAUCAUUCCUUUCAAUAUUGAAGACUAUGCAAAAGCUUUGAAAAACUAUGCAUCAAGUAUCUACAAUUUAUCUAAGAAACAUGACCAACAACUGAGAGACCAUGGAGUAUCAUUUGAUUCUUUAUUUUCUGCUGUGAAGAACUUCUCAGAUGCUGCUUCGGAUUUUCACAGAAGACUUACACAAGUUAAUCUUAAUAAUCCCAUUGCAGUGAGAAUCAUGAACGACCAACUGAUGCUCCUGGAGAGGGCAUUCAUCGAUCCCCUUGGUUUACCAGGGAGGCGGUUCUAUAGGCACAUCAUCUUUGCUCCAAGUAGCCACAACAAAUAUGCUGGAGAAUCAUUUCCUGGGAUCUAUGAUGCUAUGUUUGAUAUUGAAAAUAAAGAAGACCCUCAUUCAGCCUGGACAGAUGUAAAGAAACACAUUUCUAUUGCAGCCUUUACAAUUCAAGCAGCAGCAGGGACUCUGACAGAAGUGUUAGAGUGAGGUCCCAGCCAAGUGGCUAGCCAUUUAAAGUGUUACUGAAAGUCUGAGGAUAAAACUCUCGUUUUUGAUAAUUCAUGAUGCCAGAGUAUUCUAUAAUCUUGCUUUUCAUGUCAUGUUUUGACUUUAGACUUCCAUCCUGUCAAAAACAAACACCCCAGUUGUGGGGCAGAAAAACAAAGUAACUGAAAAUUCCCAUAAAUGUCAAGGAAUGUGGGACUUUGGCACAUUGCUAGUAAAAAUGUAAAAUGGUACAACCACUUUGAAAAAGAGUUCAUUAAUUUUACAAAGUUAAACAUACAGUUGACUCUUGAACAACAUGGGUCUGAACCGCACAUAUCCACUUACACGUGAAUUUUCUUCUCAUAAAUAUAGUACUGUAUAUGCAUUUUUUAUUGAUGAUUACAUUUUCUUUAUUUUUAAUUGUUAAGAAUACAGCAUAUAAUAUACAAAAUAGGGGUUAAUCAAUCUGCUAUCAGUAAGGCUUCUCCUCAAUAGUAGACUAUCAGCUGUUAAAUUUUUAGGGAGUUAAAGUUAUUCAGAUUUUUGACUGCAUGGUGGACUGGCACCCGUAACCCUCACAUUGUUCAAGGGUCAACUACAGUAACCUUUGCAAGUUAUUAUUUCAAAAGUUAUUUUGUUUUCAUCAUCUUUAAGAAAAGACAAGUGAUUAUGUGGUAGAACAGUGUAAUUAAGGAUGUUACAGAACAUGCCUGAACUAUUUCUUAAAAACAUCUUCCCCUAAGAAUACUUUACCUAUGAGAUGGUUUAUGUAAGCCACCUGGUAACCACAAAGCAAAAACCUAGUGAUGAAACCUAAAAAAAGGGGAGACUGAACAAAUCACCAUGGAAAUCCACUUUACAAAGGUAGAAAAUAGAAGUACAAAAUAGGAAACACAGGAGAUACAAGACUAGAAGGCAAACAAUAAGAUGGUAGUAUAAGUAAUUAUGAAUGGACUGAUUUUACCUAAGGUCAGAGUGACUGGAUGGAAAAGAAAAAAAAAAAGGACCUAACUCCACUCUACAGGAAAUUCACUUUAGCUUUCAAGACAUACACACACUCAAGUAUAGGAAUAGAAGAGGAUAUUCCAUGUAGGUGGAUACCAAAAAAAGUGGGUGUAGCCAUACUUAUGCCAGAAAAACAUACACUUCAAGCCAAAAACACUAGCAAGUGUGAUAAAAGAAGUCAUCACAUAAUGAUAAAGUAACAAAGAUGUCAAGAAGAGAGAAUGCUCAAAAAUAUACACACAUGCAGCAUCAGAGCACCACGAUUAAAAAAACUUUCACCAGAUUUAAAUGGAGAAAUGAGCAAUACAUUAAUAGGGAACUUUAAUACUACUCAAUAAAUUAAUCAUGCAGUCAGAAAAUCAAAAAGGAAAUACUGGAAUUGAACCAAAACAUAUUCCAAAACAAAGUGAUUUAGCAGUUAUAUAUAGUAAUAUUCCAUCCAAGAACACUAUAAUACACACUUUUCUCAAGGGCAUAUGAACAUUUUCCAGGGCAGAUUCUAUGACAGGGUACACAACAAAUUUCAGCAAACUAAGACUGAAAGUAUACCGACUCUCUUUUCUGAUCACAAUCGUCUAAAUCAGACAUCAGCAAGAGGAAGCUAGAAAAAUCUAGUACAUGGGAACUAAUAACACACUUCUAAACAGUAAGUCAAAAAAUAAAAAUGGGAAAUUAAAACAAAUGAAAAAGGGAAUAUGACACAUCAAAUCUUAUGGGAUAAAAGCAAAGCAGUCAAGAGUCAAGUUUAUAGCAUGAAAUGCGUUAUCUUAAGAAAUUACAAAGAUCUCAACCUAACUGUACCCCUCUAGGAAAUAUAAAAAGAAUAUGCUUACAGGAAGAAGAAGGAAGGAAAGAAAAUCAAAGCAGAAAAAAUAAAAACCCUAUUUCAGAAAAAAACUACCCAUAAAACUAAAUGCUGGUUCAUCAAAGAGAUAAAACUGACAAAACUAUUAGCCAGACUUCGACAAAGACAUAAAAUUAUAAAUGAAAAAGACCAUACAAGUGGUACUACAAAAUACACAGGAUCAUAAGAGACACACACACACACAAAUGUGAAAAGACAAUAAUGAGCAAGAGAUUGAAUCAGUCAUUUAAAACCUCCCAGUACAAAAAAUAACCCAGGACGAGAGGGCUUCAUCGGCAAGUUCCAAUAAACACUCAAAGAAUUAGUACCAGUCUUUCUCAAACUCUUCCAAAAAUAUGAGGUACAGGGAAUACUUCCAAACUCAGAUUAACAGGCCAGCAUUAUCCUGGAACCAAAGCCAGAUAAGAAUACAACAAAAAAGCGGUGUCUGGGUGGCUCAAUCAGUUAAACAUCCAACUCUUGAUUUCAGCUCAGGUCAUAAUCUCAGGGCUAUGAGACUGAGCCCCAUGCAGACACUGGGCACCGAGCCUGCUUAAGACUCUCUCCCUCUCCUUCCUAGUCUGCCCACUAUUCAUUGGUGCGCGUGCUCUCUCCCUCAAAAUAAAACCACAAAAAAAUGAACUAUAAACCACUAUUCCUGAUAAACAUAAACAUAAAAAUUCUCAACAAAGUAUUAGCAAACCAAAUUCAAGAACACAUAAAUUAUACACCAGGGCUAGAUGAAAUUUUUCCCUGGGUUGCAAGGAUGAUUCAACAUACACAAAUCAAUACAUGACUUUUCAUCACAUUAAUGAAAUGAAAUCACAUUAAUGUAAUGAAAGAAACAUCAUGAUCAUCUAUGCAUUUGACAGAAUGCAAAAUCCUUUCAUGAUAACUUUUGGCAGACUGAGUAUAGCAGUAACAUACCCCAAGGUAAUAAAGGCGAUGUGUGACAAACCUCCAGCUAACAUGAUAUUCAGCUGAGAAGAACUGAAAGCUUUCCCUCACAUCCAAAUCAGCAAGAAAGAAGUCAAACUGUCCCAUUUGCAGUUAUAGGACUUUGUUUACGCCAAAUCCCAAAGACAACCAAAACACUGCUGGAACUAAUAUUUCAGUAAAGUUGAAUGACGCAUGAUCAAUGUACAGAAAUAAGUUACCUUCCUAUACACUAAGGAUGAAAUACCUGAGAAGAAAAUUAUCCCAUUCACAGCAUCACAAAAGAUCUAUUUAGGAAUAAAUUUCACCAAGGAAAUGAAAGAUAUACAAUGAAAACUAAGACUUAGCUAAAAAAUGAAAAGACACAACCAAAUGGAAAGACAUAAUUUGUUAAUGGAUCUAAAGAAUUAGUAUUAAAAAGUCCAUACUACCCAAAGCCAUCUAGAGUCAAUGCAAUUUCCAUCAAAAUACCGAUGGCAUUCCUUACAGAAAUAGAAAAACAAUCUUAAAAUCUGUAUGAAACCCCAAAUUGCCAAAGCACUCUUGAGGGAAAAGAACAAUGCUGGAGGUACCACAUUCACUGAUUUCAAACUAUACUACAAAGCAACAGCAAUAAAAACAUCAUGGUGCCAAACUAAAACAGACAUAUAGACCAACAGAACUGAGAGCCCAAAACUAAACCCCUGUGUAUAGAAGUCAACUAAUACUUGAAAGGGAGCAAAGAGCACCCAAUGGGGAAAAGAGGAUUCUUCAAAAGAUGGGUGUUGGGAAAACUGGAUAAACACAAUGAAAUUAGACUCCUCUUACCACUCACAAAAAUCAACCUGAAAUGGAUCAAAGACUUAUACAAAAGACCUUAUACUACAAAACUACAGGAAAACAUAAAGAAGCAGCUCAACAAUGGUCACAGCAGUGUUUGAAAUAUCCCAAAAGCACAACGAAAGCAAAAAAAAAAAAAAAAAAAAAAAAAAAGCAACAAAAUGAAAAAGCAAGCUAUGGAAUGGGAGAAAAUUUUUGCUAAUCAGGUAUCUGACAAAGUACUCAAAUUCAAGACACAUAAAGAACUCCUAUAACCGGACACAAAAACACCCAAGAGUCCAAAAACUGGGAAGAACUAAACAGAUACUUUCUCAAGACCUCUAUCCACAUGGUCAACAGGUACAUGAAAAGAUGUUUCACUUCAAUAACCAUCUGGAAAAUGCAAAUUAAAACCACAGGGAGGGAUGCCUGGGUGGCUCAGUCAAUUAAGCGUCUGCCUUCGACUCAGGUCAUGAUCCUGGGAUUGGGGUCCUGGAACUAAGUCCUGCAUCGGACUCCCUGGUCAGCGGAAGCCUGCUUCUCCCUCUGCCUGCAGCUCCUCUGGCUUGUGUGCAAACACACUCUGACAAGUAAAUAAAUAAAAUCUUUAACACAAAAACCACAAGAAGAUAUCACCUUAUUAUAUCUUUUCAAAUGGCUAUCAACAAAAAGACAAACAUGUAGCAAGGAUGUGGAGAAAAGGGAGCCCUUGUGCACUGCUGGAAGGAAUAUACAUUUGUACAGCUACUAUAGAUAAUAGUAUGGAAGUUCCUUAAAAAAAAAAAAAAUUAAAAAACUGUAACAUAAAAUCUAGUAAUUCUACUUCUCGGUAUUUAUCCAAAGAAAAUGAAAACAUUAAUUCAGAAUGACAUAUGCAUACCCAUGUUCACUGCAGCACUAUUUACAACAGCCAAGAUAUGGAAAGAACCUGUGUCCACUGACAGGUGAAUGGAUUAAAGAUUAAAAAGAUGUGAUAUGUAUACACACACACACACACACAUUCACUCAUGAGAAAGAAGGAUAUCCUGUCAUUUGUGACAACAUGGAUGAAGGACUUGGCACAUUAUACUAAGUGAUGUAAGUCAGACAGAGAAAGACAAGUGCAAUAUGCUGUGACUUAUCUGUGGAAUUUAGAAAGGCCAAAGUUGUAGAAACAGAAAAUAAAAAUGGUGGUUACCAGGGGACAGAGGUUAUGGGAUCAAGAACAGAUGGAGUUUAAGGGUACAAAUUUGUAAUACACAGUUAAUAUGCCUUAGAAAUAAAAUGACCAUACAAUGAAUAAAAACAACAAAUUGUUAUUAAAUUCAUCAAACUUGCUAAGAGACUUGAACUUAAUUAUUCCAACUUCCAAAAAUAAUUAUCAAAUAAUUAUGUAAUGUGAUAGAGGUGCUAAUUACUACUUCAAUGGCAACCAUAUUACAAUAUGUAAGUGUAUCAAAUUCACAUGUUGUACACUUUAACAUUCCUUGGAAGCAAACCUGUGUGGUUGGUCAAUUACCACCAGCAUGAAGAAGUCACUAAAGUGUUUUUGUUAAAUGAAGUAAUUAAGCAAAGGGAUGGCUACAAUGCUGAAGAUGCUUACAGACUUUUAGAUCUUAUUAAAAAUGUUAAUAAAACUUAUAAAUCUCAUACCUAUCAAACUCAGGACUUCUUGGAGAGUAACUAAGAAAGCUAAAAAUCAGCUAGUCUCAAGGUUAUCUGGCAAAGUGUAAUAUAUAAAAAGUAAAUCAAUCAUGUAUGCUAGAGAUUUCCCUUUGGAAGACGGGCCUUGUAAUUUAUAACGUAAUGUGGUUUUUGAUUCAUUAAACACUUAGGGUUCAGGUUUUAAAAGUCCCUUCUAAUUUGAUGGAAUAUCUUCCCUAACUCUUCACAAAUGAGAACCCAUCCAGUUUUCACAUAAUCGAAAGAACGAGUCUGUCUGUAAAACACCAAUAAUUUUAAUGUGUUGCUUCUUUCACCCCAUUACAGUGCCUAUGUACUGUAUCUAUGUAUCUGCUUAUGUACACAGAGAUGUAGAAAGUUGUUCCAAAGUCCAGGUGACAGUAAGGCCAACUUACAGGCACAAGAGUUUACAAGACAAAUUCAUUGCCAUCACUCUAUUACUUUCAUUCAGUCCUGCAGACUCCAUCCAUAAUCCUUCUGAAUUGCCCACCUGUCCAUUAAGGUCCUUAUCAAGUAUUUCAGUGCAAAAACUGAAAACCCACUAUCCUUUCGUGAUAAUUUGGUCAUUUGAUACUAAGACUAAUAAACAAAUGGCAGUUACAAUUUUA